AGGGUCAGCUGCGCUCGAAGAUACACUGAGCUUUCCCAGACAUCGAGAAUAAUGGAGGAGACCUCGUCUGGCCGUCUGGUCAUUAUUGUACAAAGCGGGCGGAGCGACGAAGGCGUAUCUGGGCAAGCAAAGUCAGCCAUAAACUCGCAUAUCGCGAAGAUAAGUCAUCAGAGACGACGUCGAAAGAAAGUCCAGGAGGCGUUGACAGACCCUCCACAGGAUUGGCUCCCACAGAAGAGACAUUUGUUUCGCGAUUACUCACAGUCUUCCCCGCCAGAAGACAAGCUCGACUACCACAGGCUCGGCGCUCAAGCAGACUUUCACCAUGUCGAAAAUGUCGAGGACGAUGAACGCUCAGGACAGGUAUAUUUGGGCCAGUCAAGAGCAUGCAGAAUGCAGUCGCCUAGGACAGUGUUGGGCAAGGGGAACUCAGACCCUUUCGACUCUCUGGCUGUUGUCAUUGACCCAUGGGCGAACCGCUUCAUGGACUUUGGGAAGACAUAUCUCAUCCCUGCACUCUACCAGACCGGCAAUCGUGGUUGGGCUCCAUCGUCUCCCGCCGCACGCAACUGGCAUGCCGGAAUCAAAGAUCUUUCCGACCGCUGCGCAGCCUUUGGCUUGAUGUCCUACUAUGCUACGGCUCUCACAAUCAUUUCCAAUGAUGCCAAUGCAGCAAAGAGAGCUUUAGUCCUCAAGACCAAAGCUGUCGAACUUCUUCGACAUCAGCUGGUUGUUAUGGAUGCGCUAGGUUCAUGCAUCGACACCAACACUCAAGGUCUCAUUUUUCGCCUGUUCCGUGCUGAAAUAUUAGGACGGAAUUCUACAGCUGCGCUACUCCACGGAAGGAUGCUUCGUAGCAGCCUUGAAAGACAAUGCCAGGCAGGGACAUUGGAUUUGGCUUUCCUUUCGGUGUCCAUCUACCAUGACAAUUUUCGGUCUACUUCGUCUAUGGAGUGGCCCAUUUUUGACUACGAAGAGCUCGUCCCCGCGGCUUUCGCAGCCGUAUGGAAAAGGGUACCCCUGACCCUGCCAAAGGAGGCCGAGGAAGACCUUGGCGAGCCUGAUCCAUCGAUUACCGACCCCAAGCUACGGCAAACGGUCAAGGAUAUGCGGCCAUUCUUCUUGAUCUAUUCCUUGAUGGCCACCAGGAGGAAGACUUCCGCUUCUCCCACAGAUUGGUUUUGGUUUUUGUCACGCUCCGAAACCUUUCAGGGCCAGCUGAUGAACCGAUACCUCCGUCUGGUGAAAGAGGCAGCUGGAGAUUCCCAACGCACAGCAGCUUCACAACUCCAGGCCUGUAUCUGUCUCGCGACCCUCUACACUAUCCGUGCACCAGUGAACAAUCCUCAGGUUUCCGGGAUGCCCCUUUACGACUCUGCCACUAUAAUACAACAGCGUCUUGCGGAUGGGCUGUUCAUUGUUGAGCAGUGUCUCCUGUUCAACUCCAAAGCGCUGUCUGCAGUACCAAAUUCUGACGGAUCGUUGCUAUGGAUGUACUACGUUGGUACAUUGGCAGAAUCGCGGUGCCAGAGUUUACGUACUCCUAUGGUAUUCUUCGAAAGUCGGCUCUCGGCCAAAAUUGCUGAGAUGAGAAUCGACUCUUGGGAGAGCAUGGUCUCAAUAUUCAAGGCCUUUCUCUUCUCAGAUGUGUACUGUGUUCCAUACAAUCCGGAACAAUGGUUCGCGACGAUCAAGGCGCACGGUUCUCCGUAUUCCAUUGAGGAAUGCAGCCGCAAACAAAGACCGGCACAACCACCCGCGAAAUUCGUCAAUCCUUCCUGUGUCACAUCGUUUCAAGAUACUUGACGUCCACAUCAACGCCUCAAUUUGUUUUGAUCCUCAUUUUGCAACCACCAGGCACUAGGCGACAAGA